AUCCCACAAAAAGGGGAAGAAAAUUGGCGGGAACGGAUUAUUUUAAUAUUAUAUACAUCGACACACAAUUGUGAAAUUUCAAUUUUCUCUUCAAUCUCGGCAUUUCAAUUCCGAAAACUUCACCAUGAAUGCGAGCCAGUUCGACGGUAACGCUGCCUUCUCCGGCGGUGGUUUCAUGCCUCAGUCCACUCCGGUCUCCGACUCUCCCCUCACUCCCUCCAAGAAUCGUGAUACUCAGGCCUUGCUUCCUCUGACGAUCAAGCAGAUCAACGAUGCACUCCAAUCAUGUGAUGAUAGAGCCAAUCUGACUAUUGUUGGUGUCGACGUUGGCACAAUUUCUCUUGUUGGUAGAAUUUGCAACAAAUCUGAACAUGUUACUGAUGUUAAAUUUGUACUUGAUGAUGGUACCGGAAUGAUUGAGUGCACUAAAUGGCUUCAAGAGCCUGCAGAUUCAAUUCAAGUGGAGAGUAUCUUGAAUGGAAUGUAUGUGAGGGUUUAUGGACAUUUGAAAGGCUUUCAGGGUAAAAAAAACUUAAAUGUUUUCUCUUUUAGGCCCGUGACUGACUUCAACGAGAUUGCCCACCAUUUCAUUGAUUGCAUAUAUGUUCAUCUAUAUAAUUCGAAGUUACGGGCUAGCACCCCCAAUCAGCACCAUGCUCCUAAUUCUACACAAAUCACUCCCACGAAAGGUUAUCAACCUCAAGUCAUACCACCAAAUCAAUUCUCUGGUCAGCAUAAUGAUGGUCAGAAGAGUGUUGAAGUAUCGGUGUUAGAUGUUUUGCAUCUUCCUGCAAACAGGAUAAAGGAUGAGGGAACUAGUGUUGAUGUUAUCGCACAACUUGUUGGAAUUCCCAUGGAUAAACUCAUGCUGGCCAUUAAUAAUCUCAUCGGAGAAGGUGCCAUAUAUGAAACUAUGUCUAAUAAGUAUAAGUCAGCUGUCGACGGUUGACAUCUUGGUGGCGGAGGGGCAUCAAUAUUGCCAGAGUAUGCUGACAUACCAGUGAUUCAACAUAUGCGGUCAUAAGGAAAGCAGUAGAUUUGCUAGAUUUUGAUCAACUCGUUGUUUUUUCUUGGUAACUAAUUUAUUUGACACUAAGUUAGUGACAAAGAUAGGAUGACAUUGGAUGAAUCUCUACUGUAUUAAGGGGUUUUAACAGAUUGUUGAAGACUCUUAAGAGCUUAUUGUUUAUGCAGAAACUAUGUUUAGUCCAAAGUAUCGACUUAUCACAAUGGUUUGUUGAUCUUAAAAUUUGGAAUCUGAUGGAUUUUAACAAUGUCACAUUUGAAUAGUUUUUCAAUCCAUUUCCUAAAAGGGUUCUCUGAUAGUUUGGAAUGUUAAA